CGAACCUUGGGCUCGCCCCCAUAAGCAAACGCCCUUCCUCUCUCUGGAUCAGGCGUGAGCACUAGAUGAGAACCUGCUCAAAUCUCUCCUAUCGCACUCAUUUCUGAACCUUCUCCUCUGUGAUUAGCCACCUUGCCCUGCUUACAAAGCCCCUUCAACCACCCCCCGGACGAGCCCCGGACGAACCCUCUGCUGCUCUUUCUCUCACAGCCAUCUUUGCUUGCGCGUGUACACCAACCUUUUCCAAUUUCACUUUGCUGCCUGGCGCAAGCUUUUGCCAGCCUUAUGAGACGCCCUGCGACUCCCAAGAUUGAUUUUAGAUAAUCCACAGUCAGCUUCCUGGGGAAGCCGAUCAGAAGAGUACCCAACGUCGUCCGGUGCAUCUACCUAGCGGUUGCGGACUAGAUCUGGACAAGAUGCCGAAGGAGCAUACGGAUUUGGCGGUGCGGAAGAAGAUGAGGAAGGGCACGCAUAGUUGUUUUGAAUGUCGUCGCCGCAAAAUCAAGUGCAUCUUCCAGCCAGACAGCCCUGAUGUCUGUUCAGAGUGCUUCGCUCGCGGCUCCCGCUGCAUUGACCAGGAGCACGCGAACCCGGACAUUGUCGUCGACCAUAGGAAGAACCUUCGUGAGCGGGUGUCCCGCCUGGAGGCUCUCGUCGACUCUCUUCUAGAGGAAAAGAGUGAACGAACAUGCAGCCAAACAGAGACCAGUUCCUCUCGAACCCCUCAUCUCGUCACAAGGGACACGUUUCCUCCCACUCCUCAUUCUUCCGAAGCAUGUUCUGCCAUACUCUCAGAACCACAACCGAAACCGCAGCGUGCUGCAUCGGAUAGGGGUCACCACAUUCCCAUCAUCUCUGCUUUUGAGGAUUCUCUCAAUGAUAUGAAGACCAAGUUGAAGGGACGCAUGGACCAGGCAUCUCCCCUCGGUAAAGAGGCACCAAAUACUGUUGCUGAGCACCGGUAUACCAUCACGUGCAAGAACCCGGAAGACAUCAUGGACGAAGGCUCGGCCAGAUUCAAAGCCAAGAGAGAUCGUGCAAAGGCGGGUCUGCUUUCCAUACUUCCCCCUUAUGACCAACUACUACGCAUACUCAACAGCAACGACGGUUGGUGGCAGACCUGGAGAAGGAAGUGUAGUGGAACUUCGGAACCCAACCAGUCCCUGGGGGACUUUGCUACUAAGGCGUUGGCUGAUGACAAUAUCGGCGCUAUUGGCCUUGUUGCCCUCGCUGUAGGCAUCUCAUCCGAUGACGAGGUUGAGGCGGAGAAGUAUAUUGAGGCUGUGGAUCGUUUUGUUAUGUUUGACGACGAAUAUGCGGCUACACUGGAGGGAAUGGAAUGCUUGAUCCUGAAGGCCAAGUGGUAUGCGGACGUUGGCCAACCAAGAAGAGCAUGGAUAUCGCAGCGAAAAGGACUGCUGUAUGCUCAGCUUAUGGGCCUGCAUCGACAAAGAACCGCAUCAGCACCCCACGAGAGUAUAUGGUGGUCCCUCUACCACGGUGACCGGUUCCUCUCUCUUCUUCUCGGCCUCCCCUACGCCAUCCAAGACAGCCAUUGCGACCUAACUCUCCCCGACCUGGGCAACGGCCCCUACAUCGCCCCCCUCAUCUUCAUGAACAAGGUCGCCGUCCUCGCCGGCAAGGUAAUCGACCGUAACCAGUCCGUCGCCGAGCAGUCCUUCGCCUGGGCCCUGCAGCUCGAUCAGGAACUCGAAGACCUCUGGAAGCGUCUCGACCCCGCCUGGCUCGAAUAUUCUGAGCUCAUGGCCGACAUCGAGAACAACGCCGCCGAGCUCCGCGAACGCCUCAUGGCGCAAAUCGUCUACCAUCAGAUCCGCGUCUACCUCCACCUCCCCUUCAUGCUGAAAUCGCAAACCAACCCCCGCUUCUCCUUCUCCCGCAAUGCCUGCGUCAACGGCUCCCGAGAGGUCCUGCGUCUCUACCAAGCCCUCCGAACCGGCGAGGUCCAACCCCUCUACGAAUGCAAAGCCAUCGACUUCAUCGGCUUCACCGCCGCCGUCCUCAUCGUCCUCGGCUUGUACAAUUUCGGCGGCGCGAGCGGCGGCAUGGCGCCGAAGGACCAGGAAGCGGAUAUCCGACUCAUCGAAAUCAGCAUCGACAUCUUCCGCCGUGCCUCGUCGGAGAAGGGUGGCAAGGUUGCACUGCAGAGCGCGCAGGUGCUGGAGAAGAUGGUUGGGAGGUUCAAGUCGGACUGGGCGAACGGGGGAGGAGGGAAUCCGGGCCAGUGUGAGGGUCCUACCGAUUUCGUGAUUCCCUACUUUGGCACGAUUUCCGUAAGAAGAGGUGGACAAAGUGGGCCUGCGGCUCCAGCUCCUGCUGCCGCCUCGUCACGGACGUCUCAGCAGCCCUCCAACAAAAGGCAGGGUAGUACGGGCUUCGCAUCGCGCGCCUCCGCAUCCGCAUCCUCACAGUCACACUCCCAAAACGGGCCCUUGACAGCCAGUCCUGCCCUCAUCACUCCCUCGUCCGACUCCACCUCCUCCGACCUGUUCGCCAACCCAGGUCUCUCCUCGUCCAUCAGCGGCGGCAGCGCCUCCACGCCCACCUCCACCACAACCGCAAACCCCAACACCAACAACACACUCUUCUCAUCCACCGACCCCUUCCCGUCCAUCUCCUACGACGGCUUCUACAACUUCCCCAACCUCGCUGACCCCUCUAGCACCGGUAGCAGUUCCGCACUGCCCAACAACUCCGGUACGACGAACGAUCCAGCGCUCUCGACGCAGAUCAACGACGACUCGAUGAACAAUUUCCCCCUCCCGACGAAUAACUUCUCUUGGCAGAAUAUGCCCAUGGAUAUCGAUCAGGAUUGGAGUUGGUUCUUGAAUGAUGGUGUUACUACGGGUAGUGCGUUGCAGGGUGGUGGCAGUGGAAAUGCAGGGGGAGCGAGUGGAGGGGGCGCGAGUGGAAACGGGGGGCAAGGGCUGUGGGGUGGUGUGGGGGGUGAUUUUAGUAUGCAGACGUAUGCGGGAUUUUGAGUGAAUUUGGAAUAUGGGAUGUUCGGAGAAGGUAGGGUCUAUAGGGAAGGUGGAGGGAAGGCAAGCGGACGGCAUCAAGGGGUCCUUCCCCAUGCGGUUUUGGUAUUCACAAAGGCGUUCCAACCUGUACUAUUACCACGAUUACUUUCGCUAAGCAAGCGCGGGCUGAUGGGUGUAUCUCCUUCAUUGGUGCUACGAAAG